AUGAGGAGGUGGAGCACGGUUAGGACGGGGUGGUUUGGGGCUGAGGGGAGGGGAUGGCGAGGGAUAUAUAAGAGUGGUGAGAUGCCUGUGAAGUAUUGGUUAUCAGCAAGCAACUUCAUCAAGCAACUCCAGUCCCAAGACUCCAGACCAACCUUGAACCAACCUCUUCCAAUCUCAACAACACCACCACCAAAAACCACAAACAUGUUCUCCCUCACCACCAAGGCACUGGCCGCCGCCCUCGCCAUCACAGGCACCACCGCCGCCGUCCUCCCCCGCCAAGGCCUAACCUGGCAAGUCUCCGACUUCAGCACCGCGAGCCGCGACGGCGGCGACACAAUCUACAACGCCACCAUCAACGUCGAGACAACGACCGCCCACUGCGUGUCCGGCAAUGCCGUGGCCUCCAGCGCCUGCCCCGGCCAGAACGGCCCCUCCCCCUUCCUCCUCAGCACAUGCGGCUUGGACUCAGGUGUCGAGUGGGAGUUGUUCAGCACGACCAGCCCUACACUGGGAGGUGGCGAGGCGUUCUAUGUCCAAUUCCGACAGGUUGGAGAGAGCGAGACGCUGUAUGGUUGUUCGCCGCUUUUCAAGGCGAGCAACUAUACCUGUGAGGCGCAGCCGGCGCCUGGAGAGACUUUGGUGGUGCCGACUGAGUUUGCUAUCAAGCCUUCUGGAAACUCGGAGUGUGUUUACGCAUAG